AUGCGGCUGCAGCGCGCCUCAAACUCCGGCGGUCUUUACUCCACUUCUGGACUGGGGACACUGCGGUCCGCCAUCGCCUUGACUCUCUGCGUGGUUGCGUCACAGCAGCGCGCAGAGGCUUCGGGCGUUGUGUUGGGACCUCCCGUGAAAUGUGUGAAAGUGAAAGCGUCACCGAAUACUCUGAUCCAAACCAUGCGUCUGUUUGUGUAG